GCACGUGACAUAUAUGGCGAGAGGCAGCGCGAGAUAAAGUUUCCACUAGACUCACAGAUUGUUGGCAUAGUUGCAGGCGCGAGCCCCUCUUGUAGGCGACGAUAUUGACGGAGUACUGUGUUCAGUCCUGUAGCUAGACACCAGCAAGGAUGGGUGUGGGCGAUGACGUAGCGCCCCGUUUCACCCAAAAGCCCGCCCUCAGACAGGAAGACAAUGGUCAGAAGCUUGUCUUCCAUUGUGUCCUUGAAGCCUCCCCAAAGCCGGACAUCGCUUGGUUUAUGGGGACCACACCCCUUCAAAAUUCAGAGCGUACACGCAUGCGCACAGAAUCAGCUGGUGGAUCUGCCUUCAACGUCAUUCUGGAGAUCCUAGGGGUCGCUCAGAGCGACGCUGGGACAUACAAAGUGGUUGCCAAAAAUAGACUGGGGGAAGUCUCAGCGUCCAUCAACCUAAACUUUAGUGCAGGCGGACAAAAGCAGCAGGAGGGCAUUGCCCCAAACUUCAUCCAGAAACCCGUGACAAGACAAGAAAACAACGGCAAAAAACUUUUGUUUGAAUGUGCUCUCACGGCUGACCCGAGCCCGGCCAUCACGUGGUACAAGGACAAUGCUGUGGUACAGUCAGGAGGCCGAUUCACCAUCCGGGCGGAGCCCCGAGAAAACAAAACUUACUUCUUGGUGCUGGAGAUCAAUGACGUGGCGGCCCAGGACGCCGGCAACUACAAGGUCACAGCCAAGAACACCCUCGGGGAGAGCAACGCGACCAUCAGGCUCAACUUUGACAGUUCUAUGACCCCGCCGCCCCCACUCGGCGGCUCUAAGCCUCAGUUCACACAAAAACCUGGCAUUCGGCAGUCUGGUGGCAAGAUCGUGGUCGAGUGUCAGCUGACUGCAGACCCCGCCCCCUCUAUUUACUGGAUGUUCAACAACUCCCCCAUCCAGCAGGGUGGCCGCUUUCUGCAAAGCCUCCGCUCUGAUGGCCCCGUGCACCAGAUCAGUCUAGAGCUGGCCCAGGCCACCGUGCAGGACGGUGGAGAGUAUAAGGCCGUGGCCAAAAAUUCACUAGGAGAGGCCACGGCCACCAUCACAUUGAAUUUUGAAGGUAGCAAAAAACCACAGGCUGCUGAUGGCAAGGCCCCCCACUUCACCCAGAAGCCAACAAUCAAACAACAGGACAACCUGCUGCUCAUGACCUGUCUACUCGAGGCUAAGCCCACCCCCCAGAUCAGGUGGUACCGCGACACCACGGAGAUCGGCGAUGGGGGCCGCUACACCAUCAGUCUACAGCGGGACGCAGGGGGAGCUGACUUGUACACUGCUGUGCUGCAGAUCAAGGGUCCAGCAACCGAGGACGGCGGGACCUACAAGUGUACAGCAGCCAAUGACCUUGGGGAGUCAAAUGCCAACAUCACACUCAACUUCCAGGGGGGAGAGAAGUCAAGUAAGCCUCCAGGUGGCAUGGCCCCAACGUUUAAAGAAAAGCCCAAAGUUUCCCAGGACCCUACGGGCAAAAACAUCAUCAUCGAAUGCCACUGUACAGCCAACCCCAAGCCCUCUCUCACCUGGUUCAAAGGCUCGUCUGUUCUCGCUGCCAGCAACAGACUCGUGCCAACCCUGACAGAAAACGGAAAUGAAUACACCUUAAAAUUAGAAAUAUUGAAUUUCACCAAAGAUGAUGGAGGUCAGUAUAAAGUGACCGCCAAGAAUGAAGUGGGGGAAGGCAAUGCUAACAUUACAAUCAACCUAGAAGGACCAAAAGAGCCCGCCCCAGUCCUGCAAGGAAAACCCAACAUUCGCCUGGAUGAACCCAAACAAAUGAUCGUCAUCGAGCAGGGCGUCCAGUGUCCAGUCCAGCCCACGGUCACGUGGUACUACGGCAACCAACCACUCAAGGCUGAUGGCCGCUACAGAAUGGACAUGCCGCAGGAGAAAGGAAUCUUUUACCCAACUCUACAGAUCACGAAUUUUUCUGAAAAAGAUUCUGGCACCUACAAGCUUGUGUUGAAAACAUCAGGGGGAGAGGCGACAUCUACAGCCACAGUCAAUGUUGCAGCAUUAAAGCCAAAGGUUAAAGGUGAAGCUCCCAAAUUUACACAAAAGCUUGCUCCAAAGGUUGUCAACGACGGUGAUAAAGUAGAGUUUGUUGCUAAGUUGACUGGAACUGAACCAAUAGAAGUCACGUGGUCCAAGGACAAGAAGCCAAUCAAAAGUGGCGAUAUUUUUGCUAUUUCCUAUGAGAAAGGAACAGCCAAGCUGAAUAUUUCUGAGGUUUUUCCAGAAGAUUCUGGCGAAUUUUCUGUCGAAAUAAAAAAUCAGUGGGGAUCAGCAACAUCCAUGGCGAGUCUUCAGGUCAAAGAGUUGCCGGAAGAAAAAUUGCCAGCUGAUGAAAAGAAAGCCACAAGCAAGGUGCCAGAAAAGUUGGAAAUCAAAAGCCAGCAGAUAGAGGAAAGCAAGAUGGAGAUCAGGACACAGUCAAAGAAACAAGAAACACCUCCAGUAGAGGAGUUAAUGGAGGUAGCUCAAGCGAAAAAAGAAGAAGCCGCGCCACCCAAAAAACCUGAUCCCGCAAAGCCUGUAGAGGAGAAGAUGGAUCAAAAGGAAGAAGGUCAAAGGUCAUCUGCGCCGUCCAUUGUGGUGGAGCAGGGGGAGAACCCAGAAGGUACAGUGCCUAAACACAAACACAUUAAAAAAGGGACACAAGAAAAAAAAGGGGGGAAGCCCUACGUCAGCCAGCCUACAACUAUUCUAGAAGAAGAAGAUGGCUAUGAAGGUGAGAGUGAAGAGGCGGAUGAUGACCAGGAAAAUGUUUUCGAUGCUGAGGAUUCAGACGAAGGGAAAGCAAGCGUAGAUCUUAAGGAUGGCAAGAAACCUUUAAGGUUGGGAGAGGGGCCGACUUUUAAGGAGAAACCUGUGAACCAGGUGGUCUUUGAAGGAAACGACCUCCUAGUCUCAGUGACUGCUGACCCUAAGGGCAAGCCCCCACCCGUCAUCAAGUUUUAUCGCGGACCCCGGGAACUCAAAGAUGAUUCUCGAGUGUCCAUCAAGGUCAACGGCCUGACCUCCACCCUAGGCAUCAAACGCACACGUCAGACAGACGAGGCCAAGUACACCGUCAACAUCGAGUCGGAGGGGGCCAUCACGGACACGGCCACCUUCUCCGUCUUUAUCAAAGAUCCUAAAGAUUCAGCCUUGGAUUUCAGAGCCAUUCUUAAACACAGGGACCACCAGAAAAACAAAGAUGACGAGGAUGAUGUCGACUGGGGAAAUCUAAAGCCAGUGGACAAGAAAGGUCGGCGCCUGUCCCAGAUCGAGGUGAUGAAGAUGAGUUUGAAGAAGAUUGAAAAAGCUGAAGGGAGCGACUCGGACGACGAGAAGCAGCGCCCACUUAAGAAAGAUGGCUCUCGGCGAGAGUCACGGACCCAGGAGUCAGAGAGUCAGGACGUAGUUGUAGACAAGCUAGACGACAAGAAACCGGGCAGCCGACGUCAGUCUGUGGAGAUGGAGACGCCUGUGCUGAAGGCCUCUGUGGACAAGCUGGAAGCCCUGGAACAAUCUCGCCGCUCAUCCAUGCAGACCCGCAGGGCCUCGCUAAUGGAGGUCAUCCCCGACUGGCCGACGUUAAUUCCACGAAAAGUCAUCAAGGAGGAACCAGACAAGUUCAAUGCCGAGAUGGAGGACAUCAAAACUUUAGAAGGAGUUCCCUCGGUCACAUUUGUGGCCGAGUUCUGUAAACCUGAUGCUAAAAUCAAAUGGUUUAAAAACAAGCUGGAGAUCUUCCACGGCCACAAGUACCAUUUUGAAUCGGACCACGACGACUACAAGCUGGUCAUCAUGAAUGUCAAGUGUGAGGACGGCGGCAAGUACACUUGUCAGUGUAACGACAUCAGCACGUCUGCUUGGCUCUAUGUUGAAGCUAAAGAGCCUGAAUAUUACUUCACCCAAAAGCUUCCCGAGACAUACAAAGUGGAGCGCAAGAAGACAGGUCUCUUGGAAUGUUUUGUGUCGGACCCAAGGGCAAGGGUCAAAUGGUACCGCGGUGAGGAACAGAUAGAGUACACCCCCGGUAAAUACGAGAUCCAGCGUCGAGAAAACAGGUGCAUCUUUAAGCUGGUCAACGCGGCCAAGGAGGACGAGGAUGUCUACAGCUGUAGGUGUGCCGAGAUCAAGACAGAAACCAGGGUCAAUGUCGUUGAGCCCGAGUGGGAGUUCAUGAAGAAGCUGGAGGAUGUGGAGGCGGUGGAGAGGGAGAAGGCCACGCUCGAGUGUGACGUCAGUGACCAUGAAGCUGACGUCAUUUGGCUGAGAGAAGGAAAGGAUACCCCUGGAGUAAUUGAGGAGCUAAAGCCGGGAGGUAAAUACGAGUUUAUCAAGGACGGCCACAAACGAAGGCUGGUGAUUAAAAACUGCAGCAUCAAAGAUGACGGGAAGUACACUUGUCAGCUCCUAAACCAGACUACAACAGCAGAGCUUUUUGUCUCGCCUGAUGUCAAAUUCAUGAAGAAAUUAACUGACAGAAACUGUAAAGAAAAGGAGACCAUCUCACUAGAGUGCAAGGCCACCAACCCACACAAACACCCCUUCAAGUGGCUCAAAGAUGGAGAACCACUCAACACAGAUUUGCCCAAGUAUGAAAGCUCCAACAAAGGGGAGAUCUACAAACUGACAGUCAAGGAUGUGGACAUGGGCGACACGGGGGAAUACACCAUCCAGAUAGGUGACCGCCCCAACCGGUGCAAGGUCCAUGUCGAGCCACUACCAAGACCACCAAAGAUUGAUGCGUCCAAGAUCAAGGAUAUUUUCGUCAAGAAAGGAGAGAAUAUUGAAGUCAAUAUUCCUUUUGAUGGUGCCCCUGUUCCACGUGCUCUGUGGUCUAAAGACGGGAAACAUAUUGAUGAAGGCAACUUGGACACAUUGACUGAACCCAAGAACACAAAGCUGAGGAUCCCUGCUGCACAGAGGUCAGACACUGGCCAGUAUGAGCUGACACUGACCAAUGAUGCUGGGGAAGAUAAAGUCCCAGUCAAAAUUACAGUCAUGGAUGCACCUGGAGCCCCUGAAGGCCCCCUGGAGGUUGUAGACAUCUUCUCCAACCGCUGUGCUCUACUCUGGGACAAACCAAAAGAUGACGGCGGUUCCCCCAUUACCCACUAUGUUGUAGAGAAGAUGGACGCCGGGAAAGGAGAGUGGGAAAAGGUGUGUGAAACGGAUGACGUGGAGGUUGAUGUGUGCGACCUGACACCCGGGCGCCACUACCAAUUCCGUGUGUCAGCGGUCAACAGUCAAGGGGAGAGUCAGCCACUGCCCACUGACGGGACAAUACUGGCUAAAGAUCCAUGGGAUCCCACCAGCCCACCAGGGGAGCCUCAGGUCAUUGACUACGACAAGGACUACGCCGAGAUCCAGUGGACUCCACCAGAGAAAGAGAACGGAGCACCUGUCAGCGGCUACGUGCUGGAGUACCGGGAGAAGGGCGGGGACGGCUGGUUGCCGGGAACUGAGACUGGCCCCGAGAACAAGGGAACCGUCAAGGGAUUGAAAGAGGGCAAGGAGUACGAGUUUCGCGUCAUUGCCAAAAACAAGGCAGGUCCCUCGGAGCCGAGCCAAUGUUCAGAGCCAGUUCUUUGCAAGUCCAGAAAAGUCAAACCGAGGAUUGACCAAAAAACGGUUCCACAAAACAUCCGCAUCAAGGUGGGCCAGAAGUUUACCAUUGGACCAAUCACCUUCGUGGGCGAGCCGACUCCCCAGGUCUCGUGGCUGGUCAAAAACUUGGGACCAAAAGGGGAUCUGGAAACUGGACAAAAACAAGAGGAACUUCCUCUGGAACCGUCUGAUGUACUCAGUCUUGCUAGCAAGCCAAGAGAGACAACUAUUGAGUGUAAAGAUGGGGCGAGGAAACACACAGGGGAGUACACCCUCACCGUCUCCAACAAACAUGGCUCAGACUCGGCCACAAUCAGCGUCGUCGUUCUCGGGCCCCCCGCUAGACCGGGUGGACCACUUGAAGUCAAGGAAGUGACCAAAGACAGCGCCACCCUCACAUGGAAGCCGCCGGCAGACGAUGGGGGAAGUGAUAUCAAGGGUUACCGCGUGGAGAAGUUUGACCUGGAGAAAGGCAAGUGGGAGAAAGUGGCGACAGUGCAAGGCAACAAGUGCGUGGUCCCCAAGCUGCAAGAAGGCCACGACUACAAGUUCAGGGUUAUUGCUGAAGGUCCUAAUGGAGACAGCGAGCCCCUGGAGCUGGAAAACCCAAUCACAGCCAAAAAUCCUUUUGAAAAACCCGAACCUCCUGGGAAACCUGAGGUCGUGGACAGAGACCGGACCUUUAUUGAGAUGAAGUGGGAGCCACCAAGGAAUGACGGUGGCGCCCCAAUCACGGGCUAUGAGGUGGAAAGAAAAGAACCCAAGACCAACAGAUGGGUCAAGUUGACCAAGGCACCAAUCACUAAACCCCAGUUCAAAGACGAGAAAGUUCAGGAAGGCAAGGAAUAUGAGUACAGGGUGUCAGCCGUCAAUGAGGCGGGUCUAUCUGAGCCCAGUUCUGCUUCAGCUCCAGUUCUAGCUAAGCCAGCUAAAGAGGCUCCCAAAAUAAACCUAGACAACCUGUUUGGUGCUAAAGAAAUUCGUGUCCGUGCUGGAGAGCCUAUCAACCUUGAUCUUGGUAUUUGUGGAGCUCCUGAACCCACAGUUGAAUGGCAGAAGAACGGGAAACCUUUGGGCAACAGAGCUGAGUUAACCAAUGACGAAAAAGAAGCCAAACUUCACAUACCCAAAUCUGAGAGAGGAGACACUGGCAAAUACACCGUCAAAGUCGCAAACAAACAUGGCGAGGAUACUGCAGAAGUUUCAGUCAUUGUUUUAGAUAAGCCUGGAGAACCCGAGGGGCCUCUAGAGAUUAAGGAUAUCACUGCUGAGAACUGCACGUUGUCAUGGAAACCACCCAAAGAUAAUGGAGGAGCGGAAAUUACAGGCUAUGUUGUUGAGAAGUGUGAAGAAGGCUCCACUUUCUGGGAAAAAGUGCCUGGACUUGUCAAAGAUGAGAGCAUCGUAGCCAAGGGCUUGAAGGACGGCAAAAACUAUAAGUUCAGGGUCAAGGCUGAGAACGUUUACGGUGUUGGGGAACCACUGGAGAGUCAAAAGAUCACAGCCAAAAAUCCAUUCGACCCACCCGAGGCGCCGAGGGACUUGGAGAUCAGCAAGUACGACAGGUUUUCCGUCUCUCUCAGCUGGAAGGAACCUGUUAGUGAUGGCGGCAACCCUAUCAAAGGUUACCUGAUAGAGAAGAAAGAGAAAGGCAAAGACUGGACAAAAGCCUGCGUCUUCCCCAUCCCAGAGACCAGCUUCAGUGUCCUGAAACUCAAUGAGGGCUCGGAGUAUGAGUUCCGUGUGACAGCCGUCAAUGACGGAGGCCCUGGAAAACCCAGCAAAGCAACCCCAAAACACGUAGUUAGAGAUCCUAUUUUCCCCGCUGGUGCCCCCUCCAUGCCAAAUGUUGACAAGAUCACCAAAGACUCCGUGACGUUGUCGUGGACCAAGCCAGCCAGCGAUGGCGGCAGCAAGCUGACAGGGUAUGUGCUGGAGAAGAAGAAGAAAGGCGAGGACUGGAUGGAGUGCGCCACAGUUCCCGCCAGCCAGCUCACAGCCACCAUCCCCAAGCUGAGUGAGGGGGAGGAAUAUCAGUUCCGUGUGCGGGCAGACAACGUGGUCGGUCCCGGGGAGCCAAGCAAGCCCACAAACUCCCUGAAAAUAGAAGACCAACCAGAGAAACCCAAACUAAACACAUCUGGAUUAAAGGACAUCAAUGUCAAGGCUGGCCAGGAGUUCACCAUCAAGAUACCAUUCACUGGAACACCCAAGCCCACGGCCAAGUGGACGUUGAAUGGGGAAAAUGUUGCUGAUCCACCAAGAAUAACCAUGACUCUAACAGACGACUAUGCUAUACUUCACUGUGCCAAGGCUAAGCGAGAGGACUCUGGUAAAUAUGAAGUUGCACUUAAGAACGAUGAAGGAUCGGAUAUCGCCAAAGUUAAUGUCAAUGUAUUAGAUAAACCUGGCACGCCAGUCGGCCCUCUAGAAGCCACAGAUAUUCAGGGUGAGUCCCUGACCUUGACAUGGAAACCUCCAGCAGAUGAUGGAGGAGAAAAAAUAGCUAACUACAUUGUAGAAAAAAGAAAAGCUGGCACCAACAGGUGGCAGAAAGUCAGCAGCUUCCUGUCCAAGCCCACCUGUGAAGUCCGAAAUCUGGAGCCAGGUACCAAGUAUGAGUUCCGUGUGGCCGCAGAGAACCCCCAGGGCGUCAGUGACUUCCUGGAGACUGAGACGCCAGUUCUAGCCAAACUUCCUUAUGAUGCCCCGCAAGCCCCCGGCAUCCCCAAGUGUGCUUCAACAACCGAAGAUUCCAUCACCCUCACUUGGUCUCCGCCCAAAAAAGAUGGUGGCGCCCCCAUCACUGGCUAUGUAGUGGAGAAAAGAGAGAAGGGAGACACCAAAUGGACAAAGGCCAACAUCUCAGAGAUUCCAGACACAGAAUACCAAGUGAAAGGACUUCAAGAGGGCAAGGAGUACGAGUUUAGGGUGGCUGCAGUCAACAACGCUGGAAUAGGUGACUUCAGUGAUGGCAGCGGCUACAUCAAAGCUCUGCCCCCUCCUGUUGCACCAAAAAUCAACCGUGACCUAAUGCCGACGUCCAAAGACAUCCGAGCUAAAGUUGGGGAGGAAUUCAAGAUCGCCAUCCCUUACACAGGGAACCCCAUACCCACAGUCACGUGGUCUCAGGGCGGUAUGCCAGUCCAUGAAAAUGAUCGCAUCAAGUUUGAAAUCAAGCCCGACUCCAUCACACUCAGGUGCAAGAAAGCUGAGCUGAAGGACGCUGGCAAAUAUUCUCUAACUCUCAGCAAUGAAAAGGGUUCGGACAACAUUGCCAUGAAUGUUAUCGUUGUUGAUGCCCCAGCCAAACCAGAGGGCCCAUUGGAUGUGAAAGACGUCACACCUGAAUCAUGCAUCCUAACCUGGAAUCCACCUAAGACUAUCUUUGCACCUUAUUUGGAGGAUGGAGGUAGUGCUGUUAGUAACUACAUCGUGGAAAAACAAGACAAAGCAACAGGCAGAUGGGAGCCAGUGAGUAAAUUUGUGCGGGGCACCAAGUAUGAGGUCUUAGGCUUGCUGGAAGGCCAUGAAUAUCAGUUCAGAGUUAGUGCUGAAAAUGAAUAUGGAGUGAGCCAGCCAUUAGAAACAACGAAUUCAACAAUUGCGCAGCACCCUUAUACUAUUCCUGAGUCUCCAACAUCUGUUGUUGUGGACGAUGUGGAUGAGUCAUCAGUGACCCUCAAGUGGAACAAACCUAAAAGUGAUGGCGGCAAGAAACUUGACGGCUACAUCAUUGAAUACAAAGAACCAUCCUCCAACAGAUGGAAAGCUUACAAUGAUGUCCCAAUCAAGGAGACAAUGGCUACAGUGAAAGGACUUGAGAAUGAUAAGGAAUAUGAGUUCAGAAUCCGAGGUAAAAACGCAGCUGGUCUGGGAAAUCCAAGUGAGAGUACAGGCCCAGUACAAGUCAAAGCUAAAUAUGUUAAACCCUCUAGUCCCGGGGUACCUGAAGCUGCCAAAGUUGGAAAAACUUUUGUGGAGCUGAAAUGGGACAAACCAAGAAAUGAUGGUGGAUCUAAAAUCACAGGUUAUGUCAUUGAGAAGCGUGAAAAAGGCAUGAACUUGUGGAGCAAGGCCAACGAAUUCCCCGUAGUUGACAACAGUUUUACAGUCUCUGGGCUGGCAGAAAACUCAGAGUUUGAGUUCCGUAUUGCAGCAGUCAAUGCUGCUGGGGCAGGAGAGCCCAGCCUUCCGUGUGCACCAAUCAGGAUCAAGGAAAAGAUUGUUGGCAAUGCUCCAGAUUUUGUCAAGAAGUUGAGCAAUGUGAAAGCUCCAUUAGGUGGUGAGGCUGCCUUUAGUGUUGAAAUAUCUGGAUCACCUGCACCUCAAGUUUUAUGGUUCAAAAAUGGAGUAGAGAUGUCAGUGUCAGGCCGGAACCGUGUCAAGGUUGAUGGCAGCACCUACACACUUGUCAUGACAGAGGUGCAGGAACCCUGCCAGAUCACCUGUCAACUCAAGAAUGCUCUUGGAAAAGAAAGUUGCUCGGCACAACUCUCUGUCCUUGCUCCUCCCAGAUUUGAUAAAGAAAUCAAAGAUCAAAAAGUGGAAGUGGGUGAGCAGUUCAAGGUCAAGCUGCCCUUCACAGGCACAGGACCUCUCCAGAUCAAAGUAAAAAAAGAUGGGAAAGAACUCACUGAAAGUAAUCGCAUCAAGAUCUCACCGUUUGAUGACUUUGUUACGUUUGUCAUCAAAGAUGCUGAGAGAGAGGACUCUGGCAAAUAUACAAUAGAAGUCAGCAAUGACAGUGGGACUGCCUCCGCUCCAUUUCAACUGAAAGUUGUCAGUCCACCUGGAGCCCCCACUGGACCUCUGGCUGUGUCUGACGUCACAAAACACACAUGUAGACUGGCAUGGAAACCUCCAAAAGAUGACGGAGGAGGGAAAAUCAGCAGCUACCUGGUGGAGAGACAGGAAGUGGGCAAGCCUUACUGGGUCACUGUGUCAUCACACUGUAAGGACACAAGCCUUGAUGUACAGGGGCUGUAUGAGAACACUCAGUAUUUAUUUAGAGUUGCUGCUGUCACAGAAAAUGGCCCGGGUCAAUUUUUGCAAGCUGAAAACGCCAUCAUUGCCAAGAUGCCAUUUGAUGCCCCUGAAGCCCCAGGCACACCAAAUGUGACAGAAGUAGGCGGAGACUUUGUCAGCCUGACUUGGGACAAACCAAGAUCAGACGGGGGUGGCAAGAUCCUGGGCUACUGGAUAGAGAAGAGAGAGCAUGGCACAGAGAACUGGUCCCGUGUCAACAACAAUCCCUGCAUCACCAACAUGAUCAACAUCUCCAGUCUCAUAGAAGAUCGCCAGUACGAGUUCCGUGUCUUUGCUCAGAAUGAAGCUGGGAUGAGCAAAGCUUCCUCUGCAUCCAAUAGUGUCAAGAUUAAAGACCCUAAAGCUGCUGAUAUCCCAGAGUUCACCAGUGGACUGAGGAAAGUUCAAGCUGUUGAGGGCAAGUCUGCAAGGUUUGAAUGUGACGUCUCAGGAAAUCCAAAACCUGAUAUUCAGUGGUUUAAGGGUGUACGUGAAAUCUAUGACUCUGACAAGUUUGAAAUUGUAUGUGAAGGGACUAAACAGAUUCUGAUUGUAAAAAACAUUUAUGGUGAAGAUGCAGAUGAAUAUUCUGUGAGGGCAACUAAUAGAGGAGGUAGUAGAGUUUCUCGCGCAGAAUUGGAGAUCAGAUCUCCCCCCAAGAUAAAUGUCCCACCCAGAUUCCGUGAUGUGUGUACGUUUGAGAAGGGAGAGAAUGUGACGCUUAAAAUUCCAUUUACUGGAAACCCCAAGCCCAGCGUGAAAUGGGUCAGAGACAAUGAGGAGCUGAGAGGGUCAAGGUUUGUGCAGGAGGUGACGGAGCGCCAUGCCAUCCUGACCAUCAAAGAUGCCAGUAAGUUGGAUGACGGCCCCUACAGGCUGCAGCUGGAGAAUGAAUUAGGCUCUGACUCCACAGUGCUCAAAGUUCAAGUCAAUGAUCGUCCUGAUGCGCCAAGAUUUCCUGUUGUUGAAAACAUUCGUGAUGACUCUGUUGUGUUGUCAUGGAAACCACCACUAAAUGAUGGAGGCAGCUUCAUCACAGAAUAUGUAGUGGAGAGAAAUGAACCUCCCAGUGACAAAUGGGUCAGAGUGGCUGCCACCAGAUUUAACUUCCACAAUGUGGCUGGCCUCUCCCCCAACAAAGAGUAUCGCUUCCGUGUGUUUGCUGACAACUUCUAUGGUCGCAGUGAGCCGUGUGAGCCCACAGCUCCAAUCAAAACAGAAGAACCAGAAGCUGUUCGCAAGAAGAAACAGAUGGAAGAUGAGUUUGGUAGAAAACUUCGAGGAAAGUAUGAUGGACCAAAAAUCAAUGACUAUGACAAGUUUUAUGAAGAUAUCUGGAAGAAAUAUGUCCCACAACCUGUAGAGAUCAAACAAGGAAGUGUUUAUGACUACUAUGAUAUUUUAGAGGAACUAGGAAGUGGCGCUUUUGGUGUGGUACACCGUUGUAUUGAGAAAGCCACUGGCAGGGUGUUUGUGGCCAAAUUCAUCAACACGCCCUACCCCCUGGACAAGUACACAGUGAAGAAUGAGAUCUCCAUCAUGAACCAACUACACCACCCUAAGCUCAUCAACCUCCAUGAUGCUUUUGAAGACAAAUAUGAAAUGGUGCUCAUUCUUGAAUUCUUAUCUGGUGGGGAGCUGUUUGACAGAAUAGCCGCUGAGGAUUACAAAAUGUCCGAGGCUGAAGUCAUCAACUACAUGCGCCAGGCUUGUGAAGGCCUCAAGCACAUGCAUGAGCACAGCAUAGUACACCUGGACAUUAAGCCAGAGAACAUCAUGUGUGAAACAAAGAAAGCCAACAGUGUGAAGAUCAUUGACUUUGGUUUGGCCACCAAGCUCAACCCCGAUGAGAUCGUCAAGGUGACAACAGCUACAGCUGAGUUUGCCUCUCCUGAGAUAGUGGACAGGGAACCUGUUGGAUUCUACACAGACAUGUGGGCUAUUGGUGUCCUGGCCUAUGUGCUAUUGAGUGGCUUGUCCCCGUUUGCUGGAGAAGAUGACCUAGAGACCUUACAAAAUGUCAAACGCUGUGACUGGGACUUUGACGAAGAAGCCUUCUCUUCUGUUUCUCCUGAAGCCAAAGAUUUCAUCAAAAACUUGCUACAGAAAGAGCCCAAGAGAAGAUUGACAGUCCAUGAAGCUCUAGAGCAUGCUUGGCUUCAGGGAGAUCACAGCAACCUGACCAGCCGUAUCCCAUCCAGCCGAUACAGCAGGAUCAGACAAAAGAUUCAAGAAAAAUAUGCUGACUGGCCAGCCCCACAACCAGCCAUUGGUCGUAUUGCCAACUUCAGCUCACUGCGCAAACAUCGGCCACAAGAAUACCAAAUAUAUGAUUCCUACUUUGACCGCAAGGAAGCUGUGCCGAGAUUUGUUCGCAAACCUCGUAACCAAGUUUCAGCGGAGGGCCAGACAGCCAAGUUUGACUGUAAGAUUGUUGCAGCUUCACCUCCCAUCGUCACCUGGUACAAAGACGAUAGUGUGCUGGGCCAGAGCUAUAAACACAUGCAGAAAUACAUGGGCCUGGAGUAUGAGCUCAAGAUCUCCAGGAUUAAGAUGGAUGACAAGGGCGAGUACAUCGUCAGAGCUGAGAACUCCUUUGGCCGCAAGGAAGAAAGGGCAAAUCUUAAAGUAGAACCUGGUAUUGAGAAGCCCUCAGCACCUAGCAGGGAGACAACUCCUAUGAGAAAGAAACGUGUAUUUGAAGAAAAAGAAUUUGAAAAACCCAUUGAAGACAAAGUACCAAAUUUUAACUUUGACCUUCGACCCCGAAUUAUCCAAGCCCAUUCUGAGUUUAAACUUAUUUGUUGUGUGCAAGCUCAUCCACCACCCAAGGUGCAGUGGUACAAAGAUGGGAGAGAAAUUCAAGAUGGCGACCAUUAUUCUAUCGCUUACUCUUUUGGUAUCUGCACAAUGGAGAUCUCCAACGCUAAGCCAGAGGAUUCUGGGAAAUACUCUUGUAUAGCAACAAAUCCACUUGGGGAACAUGAGACAAGUUGUAAAGUUGUUGUUGAAGAUCGAGUGAGCACAGGUGUGAAGACCACAGAGAGCUCCCACACAUCACGCACAGUGAGGCGUACAAAGUCUGGCGUCAAUGUGGAGGAGUUUUCCAGCUAUGAAGAAACUAGUUCCAGUGUCAAGAAAGGACGAAGAGGGGAGGUAACUGAAGCGGUCAGCUCACAUUCUUCCAGGAAGUCAACUGUAGUGACUAGUUCUUCUAGCCUCUCUCAUGGGAGGGAGGAGCCACAAGAAGAGGCACCAAAAUUUACAGAAAAUGUGUCACCAGUAGCUGUCAAUGAGGGGGAGAGAAUAAUUCUCUCCUGCACUGUUACAGGAACACCAGAACCUAAUGUUGAAUGGUACCAGAAUGGUCAGCUUUUGAAGUCUGACGAUGUAAUCUCCAUCAGCUUGCGUCGAGGUGUGGCGAAGCUUGAAAUCUCCGAGUCAGUGCUGGAAGAUGAAGGGGAUUAUGUAUGUAAAGCUACAAACACUGCUGGUGUUGCCUCUUCUAAAGCUAAUGUUACAGUUAAAGUAAAGACACCGGUCCCAACCAAGAAAACUGUGGAAUCUCCCAAGUUCAUUGACCUACUUCAAGGUCAAGUGGUCAGUGAUGGAGAUGCUGUCACACUUCAGUGCAGAAUUUCAGGCAAGCCAGAUGAAAUCAAGUGGUCUAGAGAUGGUUUGCCCAUCCAACCAUCCGAGGAUUUCCGUAUGGAAAAUGCUGGAGAUGUGUACAAGCUUCUUGUUGCUGAAAUAUUCCCAGAAGACUCGGGUGUCUACACUGUACAGGCUUCCAACUCUGCAGGAUCAGUCUCCUCCUCAUGUAGUAUUUAUGUUGGUGUCCCAGAUGAAGAGCCCUCUGCUCCUGUGUUCGCCACCUUCCCAAAGAGUGCUUGUAUUGAUGAGGGCUGCCCCAUCACUUUUGCCUUCAGUCUACAAGCUACACAAGCUACAUCUGCAGUCUCAGUAUCUUGGAGUAAAGAUGGCCGGCCUAUUGAUGAUGCAGGUCGCUUCACCUUUAGCCAAGAUGGAACUAGUGGCACUUUGACCAUCCCUGCCGCCUUGUCCACUGACUCAGGAUCCUACACUGUUACAGCUAAAGAUGACCGCGGUCAGUCCAGCUGGACGUUUUCGCUUUUUGUCAGGAUAGGGGACACUGUGUCUGGGGAUGUGGACGUUCAACAGCUGCUUGAUUCUGUCCAGUAAGAAAAAAAAAUCUGUGAUGUUAUGUUCUGCAAGUUUGGCUCUACAAACUCAUAGCACAAGCAAUGAUUGAACUUUGGAACAAGCAAUGAUUGAAGAGAGCUAUCAAGUUUGAACUUUGAACCAGUCAAUUGCUACUCUACAGAACAGGCUGCUUGGGUCACUUAUUUAUUUCAUUCAUAACUUUUUUUGUCUCAUUUGCUUUGGAUCAGCCCGUACACAUCCUUUGUGUCAGUCUCCACUGGACUGAGGCUGACUCUCAUCAAUGUUUGCAUCAGCUGGGUGCUUGUGUGCCUGCUUUCAUGUUUGAUCUUGUGUUUGGGUGGCUGGGCUAUGAAUGUUGUCUCCUGUGUGCUCUGACCCCUCUGUAUCCCCUCUGUAUGGGUGGGUCCUCUCUGGACAUUUUAGUCUAGUUCAUCACAGUCCACUGAGAGGACUCUCCCCCACUCAAUAAAGCUAAUGAUUGAC